GCACCGUCCCUUGGUUCCACCCCCUACCCACCUCCGAGCACUGUCCCUUGGUUCCACCUCCUACCCACCUCUGAGCACCGUCCCUUGGUUCCACCUCCUACCCACCUCCGAGCACCGUCCCUUGGUUCCACCUCCUACCCACCUCUGAGCACCGUCCCUUGGUUCCACCUCCUACCCACCUCUGAGCACCGUCCCUUGGUUCCACCCCCUACCCACCUCCGAGCACUGUCCCUUGGUUCCACCUCCUACCCACCUCUGAGCACCGUCCCUUGGUUCCACCUCCUACCCCCACCUCUGAGCACC